UUUUCCCUAAAUACGUUUACUGGUUUAGUCCACACUGGAUUCCUACCCAUCAAAGAUUCGCCGAGAAGUCGACAUAGGAGGAGGAAGAAGCUAGAAAUAGACGUUUCAAUUUGAAAAACCGUAGACGGAGAAGCGCAGAGCUCAAAGAAGGCAGCAACUUUCUGUUUGAUUGCUGGGAAAUCUGAGGAAAAAUGAAAGGAAAUGUAGUAUUACUGCUUACAUUGAGUGGGAAUAGAAACCCGAUGAAACAUCGAUGAGAAAAUUGAACGCUAUUCAGUCUAAUUUGUGUAGACAAUUCCACAGUUAUAGGAAGAUUUUUUCAAUAGUUUCUGUUUGGUUGUUGGAAAGUCGGAGUAAAAAGUGAAAAGGAAAUGUAUUAUCGGGCUUGUAUCGUAUAGGAAAUAGAAAUCCAAUGGUAGAUUGAAGAGAAAAUUUAAGAUACAAUUCAAUCUGUGCAGGCAGUAACACAUUUGUUUUGAGAUGAACUGGACAAAGCGUUGUCGUUUGCUUGCCCAGACAAAGAAAUUUGCAGUGCCAUUGUUUAAUAAUCAUCAACAUGGUAUACCUAGAGUUGAAAGGUCUCGGAAUCUUCAUUGCUUGCAGCAGCCUCAGAAAGGAUGGGUGUGCGUUGGGGCUGGGGAGGAAUGGUGGAGAAUGAUUUUCUCUCGUGGAUAUGCACAUGACGUUGAGAAUGAUUCUCAAUUGAGUAGAAAUUUUCUUGCGCAGUUUUGGAUUGCAGAUAGGAAAAUGGAAAAAUCUAGAGAGAAAAGAAAGCACAAGAUUGGAGAAAGAUCUAAUGGCCAUGGAAGAACAGUUCUGAACCAACCUCCUCCAAGUCAAUCUGUAUCUGGUUAUUUAGAGCCAGCUUCUCCUGAGGAAGCCCAGGUUGCACUUCUUCUUGCUAGGUCCAAUUUGUUGAUUACUAGGGAUAUAGAAUGGGCAAAUCUGGUACUUGGUUUUGAGCAGGAAAACCGUUAUGUAAUUGUAGAUGUGUGCUACCCCCAGUCUCCUGCAGGUUUUAUUCGGGAACAGAGUAAUGUCAUUGCUAGGCAGUUACUUCGUCUAAGGCGCCCUUUUGUUGCUUACAUAACUGAUGCUAUGGGUAAUGAGCUGUUCAGGGUUCGGAGGCCAUUUUGGUGGAUAACCAGCUCAAUUUAUGCAGAGAUUAAUGGUAAAGAAAUUGGUGUGGUUCACAGACGAUGGCAUCUUUGGAGGAGGAUAUAUGAUUUGUACAUUGGAAAUAAGCAAUUCGCUGUGGUUGAAAACCCUGGACUUUGGAAUUGGACAUUUACAUUGAAGGACAUUAAUGGGGAAGUUCUUGCUCAAAUAGAUCGCGACUGGAGGGGUUUUGGAUUUGAGAUAUUUACUGAUGCUGGUCAGUAUGUAAUACGAUUUGGUAGUUCUGAUCCCAGGUCCAAGACUGGUCCUGCUACAGCGAUUCAUGAUUUGGAAGUUGUCCGUCCUUUGACGUUAUCAGAGAGAGCUGUUACUCUUGCUCUUGCCAUUUCUCUGGAUAAUGACUAUUUUUCAAGGCGUGGUGGCUGGGGAAUUCCUUUUGUUGCUGUUGAGGAGUAGAUAUUGGACGCCUUUAAGUUGCAAGAACCAAGAAUUUGGUUUACAAAAGCAAAGGUGUUUUUAAUCCUGCUAUUGCUGCUUCUUUCUCCUCACACAAGAUGUGUAUUUUGACUCCGUGAACUGUGAACUGUGAUACUCCCCCGACUUUAUCUAAGUCGUUUUUAGCAUUUGAAGAAGUAAUAAAUGAUUUUUUUUUCAACAUUAUUCUUAUUUAUUUUAAAUACAAUCACUUUCUUCACAAA